GGAUUCAGGCAUCUCGGGAAGUCAAAAGAAAAAAACAACGACUGGUAUAUUCAUCAUGACACGAGCUAUUAGAGGCACCCUUGUGGAGUGCGAUCCAUCUAUCAAAUCUCUCAUUGUCAAGAUAGAUGCAGAGUCGCAUCAUGAAUAUAUCGUCGAGGAUCUAGACGAUGAAACUUUGCUUAUCCAAGAGAGCAAAUUGGUGCAUUUGAAGGCUCUUCUGGAAAAGGCACUCAAGGAAACGCAGGUCGAAGAUGAAUCGGAAUCUGAGUAGAACGGAGAGAACCAUGUUGUGUUGAAGGCACUGGCGUCAAACAGGAAUUUGUGGCGUUCAAUACGAUGGAUUAUUGAAGCAUGCUUUUGGUCUGGGGAUGGAGUAUUUAAUUAAGUCAAAGAUAAUCUUCAUUAACAUCACA